AUGAAUUUCCAUCAUGACAAGACAACGGAUCUAAACUCUAGAAUGUUCAUGAACUCGCUACGAGAGUACGGGUUAACACAACAUGUAAUGGAUCCUACUCAUAUGCGCGGACACGUACUUGAUGUUUUCAUUACCAGAGACGAAAGCACAAUUCUAGAUUCCACCCCAAUCGUUGAUAAUCAGCUCAUAUGUUACUCAAAGGGAAUUACUUUUUGUGAUCACAAAGGGAUUCAUGCCACCCUUCUAGCACAAAAACAACAGCAGUCGUUCUCAUUUCGCAAAAUACGUGAAAUUGAUCACGAUAAAUUUUGCCUUGAUAUUGAAUCUCGUCUAUCGGAAAUACGGAGCGAUGUUCCAAUUGAAAACAUGGUAAACCUGUACAACGAGCGUAUUCGCGAGGUGUUAGAUGAUCAUGCACCGUUGCACGAGAAAACUGCAAUAAUUCGGCAGAAUGCGCACUGGUUUUCAGCAGAUCUACAUACGCUCAAACGAAAUAAGCGAAAAGCAGAACGCACUUGGCGACGGACAAAGUUGACUGUUCACCAUCUUAUAUACCAAGAAUCAUCUAGAUCAUACAGCAACUCCUUAACGCAGUGCAAGAAAGAAUUCUAUUCAAAUAAAAUUACCGAGUGUUGUAGAGACUCCAAAAAGCUUUACUGUUUGACGAACCAGCUUAUGGGAAUCAAGUCAGACCCGGUUUUACCAUCAUCUGCAAGCAGAAAGGACUUAUCGGAAAAUUUUGCCGAAUAUUUUCAAGGGAAAAUACGCAAUAUCCGAGUAUCACUGUGUAAGUCAAACGCCUCGAAUAUUGAUGUAACAGAUCCCUUUCACGCUGAUACUUCAUUUGAUGGUCAGCAGUUUUCUAAUUUCACGACCGCAACUGCAGAAGAAAUUCAGAAACUCCUAAUGAAAGCAUCAGUAAAAUCGUGUGAACUUGACCCCUUAACUACACAUCUACUGAAGCAGUGUAUUGGGAGUUUCUUGCUGACUAUCACGUCAAUCAUAAACAAGUCGCUAACGGACUCUAACGUCCCUGCUGUCUUUAAACAGGCAAUUGUUCGACCGUUGCUUAAAAAACCAGGAUUAGAUAAAGAUAAUUUAAAAAAUUACCGUACUGUGUCAAAUCUCUCCUUUAUUUCAAAAAUACUUGAAAAGGUUGUAGCAAAACAAAUCGACGCUCAUCUGGAGAUACAUCAACUGCAUGAUGAUUUUCAGUCUGCGUACAGAACGGGACAUUCCACGGAAACCUAUGCGCACUUGACAAUAUUUGUUGUGCUGUUCUUGUUAUGCUCGACCUAUCUGCGGCUUUCGACGUUAUAG